CACACCCUUUUCUAUCCCUAGUUCAAUUUUAUUUUUACCUUUUUGAUUUAGAAAAUUGUUCUAGGGUUUGCUAAAUUUCUUUUUAAUAUCUGCCAGCCACAAUAGCAGUUGAAGAAAGAUUUAAAAAUUUGCUCACUCUAUAUGCAAAUGUGAGAAGAUUUUGAGACAAAUUCACAAUCUCUUUGAUCUCUACAACUCAUAACAGGGAGUGAAAGUUGAAAUAGAUUUGAAAAUUUCUUCUCCUUAUGUGCAAGUGUUAGAAGAUCUCAAAUCUUUUUGAAAACAUUUAUGUGGGUUUUAGAGAUCUUGGGUCAAUUUUGGUUGGUUGGAGAAUAUUUUGUUAGGGAGAUAUUCUUGGGAUCUAGUUUGAGAAGGUUCAAUUUGUCUGGUUCUUCUUUCUGAAUAUCUCCAAUCUAUUCCACCUGCCUCUCCCUGUGUGUUCACUCAAUAUAUAUACGUAAUCUUUUGCAGAGCAACUGCUUGCGAUAGCAACAAAGCUCCAUGUCCGUUGAAUGCAAAUGCAGGUGUUGAUUGGUUUUUGCUGGGCACCAUAUGAGGCAACUUAAAGAUGUUAAAAGGUUCAGAUGACUAUGUUGGUUGUGACAGUUGGAAUAGAUUGCACAUGAAGGAUUAGAAGAGGAAGUGUUCAAGAUGACCUCUAUAGACAUUGUGGACUUAUCUAGCGAUGAUGAAUGUGGAGAGUUGCAUUUGAAAGCUGUUAAGUCUGAGCCUCCUGUUGUUGGGAAUAGGAUACAACAAGAAGAAAGUAAGUUUCAACAGAAGCUCCAGUCGGAAACGCAAUUUAAAAGGCAAGAAUCCGAAGAAAAUAGAAGCUCAAAUGUUUUGAGUACUGGCCAAAGUUGCUCUAGUAUACUGGAUCAAGGGCACUCUCCGGUAGAUGAUUCAAGUCUUUCUUCCACAUCACCUACAUGUCCUGCACCGCUUUGUCGGCAGUUCUGGAAAGCUGGGAACUACAAUGAUGGGCUUGGUUCUAAAGUCUCACUUCAAAAUGGCAAAAACUAUCUACUUGUUCACCCAAUGUUCCUUCAUUCAAAUGCAACUUCACAUAAGUGGGCCUUUGGCGCUGUAGCAGAACUGCUUGACAAUGCGGUUGAUGAGAUCCGAAAUGGGGCCACUUUUGUCGUUGUAGACAAAACCACAAAUCCAAGGGAUGGAAGUCCAGCAUUGUUAAUUCAAGAUGAUGGUGGUGGAAUGGAUCCUGAAGCAAUGAGGCAGUGCAUGAGUUUUGGGUUCUCGGAUAAGAAAUCUAAAUCAGCCAUUGGACAAUAUGGAAAUGGUUUCAAGACUAGUACAAUGAGACUUGGUGCAGAUGUUAUUGUCUUCAGCUGUCACACGAGUAACAGGAUAUUGACACAAAGCAUCGGUCUCCUCUCUUAUACAUUUUUGACACGAACAGGCCAUGACAGAAUAGUAGUGCCUAUGGUGGACUACAAGUUUAAUACAUCCACUGGCACUCGGGAAAUACUACGUGCUAAAGAGCAUUUUAUGUCUAAUCUUUCCAUAAUGUUGCAGUGGUCUCCAUUUUCAACAGAAUCAGAGCUUUUGAAGCAAUUUGAUGACAUUGGGCCUCAUGGCACCAAGGUUAUUAUCUACAAUUUGUGGUUCAAUGCUGAUGGGGAUGUGGAACUUGACUUUGAAUCAGAUCCUCAGGAUAUUCGUAUUAGUGGGGAGUCCAAAAGAAUUGAGACAUUACAUGCUUGGAAGGCUACAAAUGAGCAGCACAUUGCUAAUCAAUUCCAUUAUUCUCUCCGUGUAUACUUGUCCAUCUUGUACUUGCGAGUACCUCAAACAUUCAACAUAAUAUUGCGUGGACGAGUUGUUGAGCAUCAUAAUAUUGCCGAUGAUCUCAAAUUUCCAGAAUUCAUUUUGUAUAGACCUCAAUGUGGUGGAUGUAUUGAGGGUCAAGUUAUAACUACAAUUGGAUUUCUUAAAGAAGCUCCACAGGUCAGCUUUCAUGGUUUCAACGUCUACCAUAAGAACCGUCUAAUACUGCCGUUUUGGCAGGUUGUGAGUUAUUCUGACAGUCGGGGCCGAGGAGUUGUUGGUGUUCUACAAGCUGAGUUCAUUGAGCCAACUCACAACAAACAAGAUUUUGAGAGAACUUCACUUUUCCAGAAGCUUGAAUCUCGGUUGAAGGAAAUGACUUUGGAGUACUGGGAUUAUCAUUGUGGACUCAUUGGAUAUCAGGUCAAAAAAAAGCUCCGUGCACCAGAGUUACUGCAGAUUUCAUCUCAUAGUAAACAUUCCCCCGCAAUUGGUAGUGCAAAAGCCGGACUUGUAAUUUCAGAACAGCUCAUUCCCAAGUCUCAAUUCGGAUCUAAGCAUGGGUUAUUAGAGAAGAGAAAAGAACACGUUGAUUUAAUAGAAGUAGAAAGGGCCAAAAGGAUGGCGGUGGAAGUGGCCAAUGUAACUGAUGCUGGGUACAAUCAGGAGAUACAGCCACUAGUUACUGCUGGGAACCAACCAAAAGAUCAGGAGGCUGUCAACUUGUUGCAAGAAAACAAGAAGCUCCGAGCAAAAUGUUUGCAGUAUGAGAAGAGGGAAGAAGAACUUAAGUUCAAGGUGACACAUAUCAAAAUUGCAAUAGAGGAGGUUUAUCGGGAAUACAAUCGGAUGUUGGGCGAAUUAGAAUCAUUGGAGACAGUCAAGGAGGAAAACAAAGUAUAAAUGUAGUUUUUUGCCCUUUUUCUUCAAUUAUUUCAAAUGUAGAAGUCGUGUAGCCUACAAACAGUGGGGGUGAGAAUGAUGGGGUAGUUGCAAGUGAAAGCCUGGGUACCAGGGCUUUUUCUUCCCCCGAAGUUUUGUUGUUGUAUAUUUCUUUAGCCCUCCUUUUUUCCUGGACAAGGUUAUAUUUCUUUAGCCCUCCUAUGAAGGAGUUGAAAAUUUUUUCAUUCCAGCAGUGGUCGACUGCCAGGUUAUGUUUA